GGGUUGGAAACAGCUGGGAAGUGGGGAAUCUCUUGUAUACAUUUACAUCUUCACUUGGCCUUAUACAAACAGGAUUGCCCAGAACCGGAAUGUGUGGUAGGAGAUCGAGUUCCAGCUCAUACCUAGUUGUUUGGAAUUGGGUUCAAUCCCCUCUGCUAUUCUUUUCAGUUGCAACUCUUAACAUGGAAGAAUUCCAGAUGAAAGAAUACACACCUCCCACAACCAAAAUUCCAUUCCGAAGCGAUAAGAAAUAUCAUGUGUUUCUUAGUUUCAGGGGAAAAGAUGUGAGGAAUACUCUGGUUGAUCGUCUCUUUGAAGCUCUCACUGCUGCAGGACUGCAUGUCUUUUUAGACAGCGAUAAAUUGGAAAAGGGAGAAAUAAUUGGGUUGAGCUUGGAAAGAGCAAUCGAGAGCAGUGCCAUUCGCAUUCCUAUAUUUUCCAGAGGCUAUGCAGAGUCCUCAUGGUGUCUGAAGGAGGCUGCGACAAUGGUGAACACCCAGGGCCUGAUCAUUCCUCUCUUUUAUGACGUGAAUCCAACUCACGUUAGACAUCCUCAAGGGAGCUCCAGUCCGUAUGAUAAGUCAUUUCAAAAACAUUAUAGCCAUUCAGAUCGAUGCCAAAGAGAAGAUAUUGAGUGGUGGAAGUAUGGGCUUCAACAAAUUUGCCCAUGUCUAAAACUGUAUGGGCAUUCCGUUCGACACCCAAGCAAAGAGAUUGACGGAUGGAAGAAUGCCCUCAAAGAGAUUUGUUCGCGUUCAGGAUGGUCCAUGGAUAUAACUGGAGGCUUCGAAGCUCAGCUAGUGAAGACGGUGGUAAAUGACGUGAUUAAGACGUUAGGCAGAGUGCCGUUAGAAGUUGCCAAGCACCCUCUUGGACUGGAAAGUGUGACUGAGGAUCUCAUCCAGAAAUUCAACCUAAAUUCAGAGGGACGUGUAGUUAAAUCUGGAAUAUUGGGUAUUGGUGGUAUUGGAAAAACCACACUUGCCAAGGCCCUGUUCAACCAAGUUUAUGCUCAUUUUGAAGCUGCUUCAUUUGUAUUUAAUGUCCGGGCCACUGCUGCAGACUCCAUAAGCCUAACAAAAUUGCAGAGAAAAAUCCUUAAAGAUUUAUGCAUGUAUAGUGGAAAAGUGUCCAGUGUUGAUGAGGGUAUAUCUUUGUUCAGAGAUCGCUUGGGACGAAAAAGUGUGCUUAUCAUUUUAGAUGAUGUGGAUGCUAUUGAGCAAUCAAAUGCUUUGGUUGGGGAUUGGCUAGCUCCUGGUAGUAGAGUUAUUAUUACUUCUAGAAAUAAGCACAUUCUCAGUGUUGCGGGGGUCCCAUCUGAAUGCAUCCAUGAAAUGAGUGGAUUGCACAUAAAUGAAGCUCUCCAAUUAUUUAGUUGGCAUGCUUUUCUCAGAGCAUCUCCAAAUACCACUCGUGAGGAUAUGUCCAAAAGAAUAGUGGAAGCUUGUAAGGGGCAUCCUCUUUCACUGGAAGUAAUUGGAGCCUUUUUGUAUGAUAAGCAGAAUGACCGAGGCUGCUGGUUGGAAGCCUUUCACAACAUUACUCUCCACCCAGACAUUCAUGAAAGACUCAAAAUCAGUUACAGUGCUCUUCGUAAAGAGGAAAAAGAAAUAUUUCUCGACAUCGCUUGCUUCUUCAUUGGAGAACGCAAAACAUAUCCCAUUAUUUUCUGGAAAUCUUUGUACAAGAUGGUAUUCACAGCUAUAUCUAAUCUUUCCCUGAAGUUGCUGAUAAAGAUUGACGACAAAGGUGUAUUUGAUAUGCAUGACCAUUUGCGGGAUAUGGGGCGAACCAUUGCUGAAAAUGAGGGUACUCGGCUAUGGGAUGCAGUUCAUUUAAGCAUGGGACUAUCCAAUAACAUCAAUUUCUCUCGCCUUCGACUAAAUGGAGGUAAUUCGCAAAGGCUUGAAACGUUGUUCAGACCUGGUUUUCAAUUUCUUCACUUGAAGAAUCUGCUCAUUGAUGGCAUCACGGAAGACACGCCAACCAUGUUUCCUUCAAGCUUGAUAUGGUUAAGGUUGGAAAAGUGUAGGUUUGCAAUACAUCAGCCAUUUCGUUUCAGUCAUGUGGCGAACAUUUUGCAAUUGAGGCUAAUGCAAGUACACCUUGAUAUUUCCAACUUCUUCCAAUAUUCACUUUCUGACAUUCUUGGCAAACUGUCACAGCUGCAGCAUUUAGAUUUGAGUAGAUGUACAAAUUUAACCAAGCUCCUUGCUAUUAUUGGCAACUUAUCACAGCUGCAUCAUUUAAAUUUGAGAUCGUGUACAAAAUUAAAUAACCUCUCUGAGGUCAUUGGCAAACUAUCACAGCUGCAGCAUUUAGAUUUGAGUGGGUGUGUAUAUUUAAAUAAUCUUCCUGAUACAAUUGGUAAUUUAUCACAGUUGCAGCAUUUAGACUUGAGUGGGUGUGAUUAUUUAAACCUCCCUGAUACCAUUGGCGAUCUAUCAGAUUUGCAUCAUUUAUACUUGAGUGGAUGUGAAUAUUUAAAGAACCUUCCUAAUACCUUUGGCAACCUAUCACAACUGCAGCAUUUAUAUUUGAGUGGGUGUGUAUAUUUAAAUAACCUUCCUGAUACCAUAGGCAACCUAUCACAGCUGCAACAUUUAGACUUGAGUGGUUGUGAAUAUUUAAAUAGCCUCCCUGAUACCACUGGCAACCUAUCACAGCUGCAGCAUUUAGACUUGAUUAUUUAUACAAAAUUAAAUAACCUUCCUCAUACCAUUGGCAAUCUAUUGGAGCUCCAACAUUUGGACUUGAGUAGAUGUACAAAUUUCAGUAACCUCCCUCAUACCAUUGGAAAUGUAUCACAAUUGCAGCAUUUAAACUUAAGUAGGUGUACAAAAUUGAAUCACCUCCCUGAUAUUAUUGGCAAUCUAUCACAAUUGCAACAUUUAGACUUGAAUAUGUGUAGAAAAUUAAAUAACAUGCCUGAUACCAUUGGCAACCUAUCACAGCUACAUCAUUUAGACUUGAAUGGGUGUGAACAUUUGAAUAAUCUUCCUGAUACCAUUGGUAACCUAUCACAGUUGCCUCAUUUAGAGUUGACAUGGUGUAUAAAAUUAAAUGAUCUCCCUGAUACUAUUGGUGGCUUAACACUGCUACAACAUCUAGACUUGAAUCAGUGUAGAAAUUUAAAUAACCUCCCUGAUAGCAUUGGCAACCUAUCACAGCUACGACAUUUAGAUUUGAAAGGAUGUAGGAAGUUAAAUAAUCUCCCUGAUAUGAUUGGAAAUCUAUGAAAGCUGCAGCAUUUAUAUUUGACUGGGUGUACAAAAUUAAAUAACCUCCCUGAUGCCAUUGGUAAUCUACUACAACUGCAAUAUUUAAAUUUGACUUGGUGUACAAAUUUAAAUAACAUCCCCCAUACCAUUGGUAACCUAUCACAACUGCAACAUUUAAACUUAAGUUAUUGUGAAAAAUUAAAUGACUUUCCUGAUAGCAUUGACAACUUAUCAUAGCUGCAACAUUUAGACUUGAGUUGGUGCACAAAACUAGGCAACCUUCAUUCCACCAUUCACAACCUUCACAGCUGCAAUUAUUCUUUGGAUGGUGUACAAAAAAAUAUAAGAAAUGCCCUUGCAUCGGGGGUAUGAAUUCAGUAUGGAUUGGCGAAGAAGAUCUGUAGCUGUACAGGGCCAACAGUGAACAAGAACGAAUGACUUGUUCUUCCUGGCACUGGUGGGAAAGAGAGAUUGAAGGUUUUGAAGUUCGGAGAUUAAACUCUAGUUUUUUUUUAUGAUCAAUGAUUACUGAAAUUUCUGCAGAUGAAUACUUCAUCGAUGAAAGGUUUGCUUUCCUUGUAAUGGGCUGUAUAUCCACUGCAUGCAUAUAUUAUUUGGAAGAUUGGUGUCGUAAUUGGUUCUCCAUUACGAAUAGCUGGGAGACUUGCUUGUCAGAAGCAGACACAAGUGGCAUCAACCCUGUUCUAUGCAUGUUCUUCUAGCUCCAAUCGGGCCUUCUCUCUCCACGGUUGCUGC